AUGUCGAGUAUUCCCGAGUCGUUUGCCUCGCGUGACGAGAUCCUCUCCACCUUCUCGUUUGACCUCUCGCAUGAGCUGCUGACAGCGGCCAAGGUCGGCCCUGUGGAGCGGUCACGGAUCGAGGCCAAGUUUCUCGCUCACGCAGCCGAUGGCCACUUUCUGGACGAGCCGGCCUUUGUUGAGCUCAUGGCCUCGCUUGGGGUCUCGGCUGCCAAGGCUGCGCUCUACUUUGCCGGCUUCAACACCGCCUCCCCGCGCGGCCGCGUCGACUACCACCAGUUUGAGGUCGGUAUCAUCGCCAUGGAUCCGCACACCCCGCACGGUGGCGCAUGGGGCGCCGAGCGGCUCACGUACAUCUUCUCCCUCUACGACACCGAUGGUGACGGCACCAUCUCUGGCUCGGAGUUUGCUGCCAUGUUGGCUGACAUCGCCACCGCUCGUGCCCGCGGCACCCGCCCGCCACAGGCCGAGUCUGAAGCCGAUGCCGCCUUGGCUUGGGCCACCGUCUUUGGCUUUGACUCGCUCGCGGCAGGCUCGCUCGACUUUCGCGCCUUCCACACCGCUGUCGGCGAGAUGCGCAUCCGCGGCACGUCCAAGCUCUUCCGCCUCCGCGGCUCGUUCAUUCACGGCUCAUCGUCGGCCGCCGCCGCUGCCCAGCUCCGCCCGGGCGCCACGCCUGCAAAGUCGCAGCUGGCCCUCCCGCCAGUCUCGCCCAUGAUGUCGCCGUUCUCGUCUCCCGCCCGCGCGGCCGCGCCAAAGGCCAAGGCCACCUUGUACUGGAAGGCCAUGACGCCCGCUCGCCAGGCCCACUACGCCGACGCUCGCUCGCGGCGCGAGGCACACGCUGCAUACAUGUCCGAGGCCUUUGGCUCGGCUGCCCGCAAAAAGGUCAACUUUCUCGAUCCCGACGUCAUCUCGGCUGCCCGCUCGCCCACCAAGGCUCAGGACGGCGUGACGUCCAAGGUCAUCAACCCGCUCCUCCUUGGAAGCGAGACGUGGUCCCCGCCACCGGCUGGCGAGCCGUUUGACCUGCUCACCGUACCCGAGUUCCUCCGUCUCGCCCAGCGCGCUGGCGACGUCCUUGCUAGCGAGCCGACCCUCGUCGAGGCCAAGGCCCCGUUCAAGGUCUUUGGCGACAUCCACGGCCAGAUCAACGACCUGCUUGCCUUCUUCCGCACUUACGGCGCACCGCAGCACGUCACUGGCGACAUUGAGCUGGUCUCGUACAUGUUCCUCGGCGACUUUGUCGACCGCGGUCCGCACUCGCUCGAGGUUGUCGCUCUUCUCUUCUCGCUCAAGGUCCGCUACCCGUCGCAGAUCAUUCUCAUCCGGGGCAACCACGAGGAUGCGGCCAUCAACGCCGACUACGGCUUUAAGGCCGAGUGUCUGACGCGUCUCGGAAACCACGAUGGCGCCGCCGUCUGGGCCGCCGUCAACGACGCCUUUACUCAUCUCCCGCUGGCCGGCCUCAUCGACUCGGAGAUCUUCUGUUGCCACGGAGGGCUCGGCGGCUCGGUCCAUGGUCUUGACGACGUCCGCGCCGUGCCCAAGCCUGUAGUCAUGUCGCAGCUCGCCGGCACUCGACACGAGCACAUUGUCCGCGAUCUGCUCUGGUCCGAUCCGACCGCCUCGGACUCGGUCGUCGGCGUCCACGCCAACUCGCGUGGGCCAGACGUCACCACCUACGGUCCUGACCGCGUCCAGCACUUUUGCAUCGAUAACGACGUCUCCAUGAUCAUCCGCGCCCACGAAUGCGUCCAAGACGGCUUUGAGCUCUUCUCUGCUGGCCACCUCGUUUCGCUCUUUACCGCCACAAACUAUCAGGGCAAGUAUGAGAACGAUGGCGCCUACCUCGAGAUCACCCGAAACCUCAAGGUCACGCCCAAGGUCAUCAAGGCCAAGAAGCUGGCCCCGGCUCGCCCGGCCUCAGCGCCGCAGCACAGCAAGGUUGUCAUCCCCAUCCAGCACCACGAGCUCGCCGCCCAGCGGUCCGACCGCUCGCGCCCGUCCUCGGCCGCCGCUGCCAGGCCCGCUCCGCCAGCCAUCCGCUUCACCUCGGACUACAAGGAGAACCACGGCCUCGCUCCCAUGGUGCCCAAGCACCACCGUGCUGCCGCGCGCCCGACGUUUACCGGCUCAGGCCACUCGGAGCCUUCAUCACCCACCGCCCGCAAGAUCCGCUCGCGCCGCGCUCUGCGCGCGCCGCCGCCCUCGGCCGCCGCCCUCCACGCCCACACAACAUCAUCAUCCACCUCUGCCCGCCCUGUCGCCUCAUCACGUCAGCCGCGCCGCGAGCGUCCCUCGCUCCGUCAUGGUCGUGCCCGCCCCUCGUCGACCUCAUCAGCCUCGACCCGCUCUAUGCGGUGA